GCACCCGCACCCCGGCAGAGGGGCGCUACCGGCAUCGGGCGGGAGCUUACCAUCGCCAAAAAUUUACUUUACGGGCUGAAAAAAAUCAUCCUGCCUACCGGCACGCGAAUAUGCGUCAACAAUGUUCAAGGCCAGCCGAAGAACUAGCGAGACGCACUGUCACCGAGACAUGUAUAAUAUAUACUGUAUAUCUACGGCGCUGGAGCACAACAACGUGCUACGCAUCAAAAUGGCAUCCCGUGUGGGGUCGAUAACUACCGAUAGUAUUAACUCAAAUACCCUCUUUUUCGAAUCGGAACCCAAUACGGCGCGAUUACCCGGUGAGCGCAAUGAUCCCAGGCUAUCUCGGCCCGUUGUGAGGAGAUAAGUCGUUCGAUUCUGCGGAGGAACAUUCCGGACAAUACCCGUGAAUUGGAUACGUCCACCUCGAUGCUGGCAGCGGGGCCAGCGCUGUAUUGGCAGGCCGAUGGAAUUUCCGGUCUUCCGGAAUUUUAAAUCCAUCUGCAUGGAGAUACUCGUACAACUCCGCGCUUGAGGGGAAAUUUUGGUUUCCAACUAGUGGCAUAGCUGUUGUGUAAUGGAUGGCUGCGGCGGUUUUGGUUGUGUGCCAUGGUGGGCUAUCGUACUAGGGUAUGGACAUGGGUGACCGGACAGUCAGGGAUUAGAGGUGUCCAAGCUUUUUGCUUGUUUGAGCAAUCUCCAUACCAAACCCAUUCUUCUGUUUCCCAUGAGGGUAUGGGGGUAGAACGGCCAGGCCUCCAGGAUCCUUGGCUGCCCCCCCCCACCUGUCACCAACGUCCAUACCCAGGUAUCUCCUCACUCACGAGGGUCCUGCCUCCUCACAAUUGAGCCACUCUUUGGCAACGCGUGUUCUGCAUGCGUGCUGCGAACCGCCCGAUUCGCAUAGGGACCACUGUUUGAACGACGUUUCCCCCACCAAUCUGGGGAGAUUGUUCUGACCAAGUUGGAGCGAGUGACUGGAGUGUGUAGGGGGGAGUAGGAUACGAUUCUCUGGAAUCUUGGACUCUGGUGAAAGCCCUGUAGCUCUGGUCAGUCGGGGCGGGCUCAGCGUUGAGCUGAUCGUGAAAUAUUUCAAAGAACCCAAUCACUAGCUUUGCUGGCCGCCCCUGCUUAAUGUGGAAUUGCUUCCCUCGGUUUGGCCCUUAUCUUUCUUUUUGUUUUGAGACAUCUGUUCGUCCAUGGUGUAGGGCGGUUUCUGGACGACGCAGUGGUUGGAAUUUGGCGAUAUUGGUUCUCCUAAUGGGGAUCGAGUUAGUUUCGGAGGUUCAGCAGAAUCAAUGGUUUAGAUGGAGAAUCAUGUUGUUGCUUUUAUACCUCCGCAUCUUGUCGCCGCGGUAGUUGACUACCGUAUCAGCGCAUUUACUGAGUCAAGGGAAAAUCGGGAACUUAUUGAUAGGGAACCCAACAUAUCAUCGUUCCACAAGCCAUCCUAAAUAAUCAGCGUCGGUCGCCCCACACCCUGGCCGGUUCCAAUUGCUUCCCACCACCUUCACGAAAUCAGAUCCAUAACACCAAUGUUACACCUUUGUCAGCUCGGGGAUUCAAUUUAUUCGCGCCAUCAGUGCGGGGUCGGUGAAAGACUCGGCAAACCUCAGGCUCAACAAAGGUGCUAGAGGGAGUUCAGUAUGUACGAGUAACUUUAUGUGGUUAUGGGCUCUGUGCGGAUCUUGGACGAGCGAAACUCCCCAUGCAGUAUUACAAGGGUCUACUCGAGUACCGGUACCGGUAGUACAGUACGGUACUCGUAGGAGGCAAGGGGUACUGGUACUCGAGUAUGAGUACCCGCAAGCAGGGGUCGUGAAUUUGUAUGGACUCUAGAUACGCACGGAUUUUUUUGUCACAAAUUUUGCGAAUCCCUGUUCUCGGGCACUUCCUGCCUGCUACGAGAGGUGGUUCAUCGCCAGAGACAUUCCAGUGCUCGAGUAGAGUGAUUCUGCUCUCAUUUAAAUCCCCGGUUUACCCCACGCUCUUCAAGAGACUGGAAAAGCCGCGAUCCGUUCGCAGAGGUUUAUUUGGCUCAGUGAUUCUUCCUUUGUCUCCUUUUUUGUUUUUUUUUCCGCUGCUUUGUCCUUCGCUUUCCUUCGAACGGUGCCAAUCCCACCCACCCACCUAUCGCCUGACACAAGCUCUUGGCCAUUUACCCAGAUCGUGGGGCCGUGAUUACUUUUUUCUGGUCUCGAGAAGCGAGAGAGAAGCGGUUCUUGGUAAAAAUAUCCGUCUUCCCGAAAGUUGCUUCUGCCUUCCCCCCCGCGCUACCGUAGAAGAAGCAUGGACGAAAGAGCUGAUUCUGGUAUCUCUGGGGUGGUGUCCCCUCAGUCUCGCGCCGAAAACUAUCUUGCGACCGAGGAUGAUACUUUCUCCGUUUCGUCGGGCAUAUUAUGCGCCGAAUGAUGAGAAUCAAAACAAUCAGCUAGAUAUCUUCCAUCACAUAUACCUCCUUCUCUUGGGCGGAGAUCUCUAUAUAGCGCCGAUAGAGCGACCAAAGCGAAUUCUGGACGUUGGGACCGGGACAGGAAUUUGGGCAAUGGACAUAGCCGACAAGUUCCCAGACGCAGAGGUUAUCGGCACUGACCUUUCACCAAUACAGCCCGAAUGGGUUCCCCCAAACGUCCACUUUGAAAUAGACGAUGCAGAAAGCCCUUGGACUUAUCCCGAGAGUCAUUUCGAUUUCAUCCACAUCCGCUGCCUUUUCGGUGCCAUUGGUGACUGGCCCGCGCUGCUCGAACAGUGCUACAAGUAUCUAGCGCCCGGCGGAUGGGUCGAAGUUGUCGAGAUGAAACUCCCAUAUGAUUGCGACGACGGAACCUUAGCAAGCGACUCCUACCUCUACAAAUGGUGCGAAUACGCUCUCGAAGCCGGCAAGGAGUCCGGGCGGAGAUUCGACAUCACUGGUGAAGUAUACGGAUGGCUGGGUCGUGCCGGAUUCACAGAUUUGCGGGAAAGAAAUAUGAGAGUACCAAUUGGCCCUUGGUCAAAGGAUCCUAAGGAGAAGGAGGUUGGAAAAUAUAACCUUUUAAACCUCCUAGAAGGCAUGGAUGGCUUCACAACGGCACUCCUGACAAGGCAUCUCGGCUGGAAACCAAUCGAAGUACAGGCAUUCUACGGUGGCAUACGCCGCGAAGCGACGGACCCGAGGAUCCACUCGUACUUUAGACAAUAUUACUGGGCCGGCCAAAAACCGAUACGCACUGCAUGAAAUGAAGUUCGGGGGAUAAUUUCGCCCCCCAUUUUUUUAACACCUCCUUUUAUACGAUACCUGCUGAAAUAUGGUAAUGCUCGGCCCACAUGAAAAGAAGCGGUAGGUAGUAUGGGAAAUGGCGGUUUCGGCGGGGAUGGGACAUUAGUGGGGUAGAGCCUGGCUGGUUGCCAAGUUGCAGAGAGCGCCUGAUAGGGAGGGGGAUAACGGUAUCUACGUCGACUUUUUUUUCCUUUCUUUCUCCUGCUCUAUUGUCCUCUAGCCGUGCUGUUACUUUUUCCCUUUCGAAGCACUUGGGAGACGUAGUCUAUUUGUAAAUUUGGAAUUCAAGAUAAGUUACUCGUCGUUUCCUGGCGUUUGUGAGCGCACCCUGGUCUGUAUAUAGCGUCAAGACUAGAUGCAUGAGACCUGAUGAGAAGUACUGUACUUGUAGGUUGCAAA